AUGAACACCCAUGUCGCCAGUUCGCUGCCAUACUGGAUAUCUGCCGUAGCUGAACAUAAACAGAAGAAAAACGAUUUCACACCACCGCUUGUCGUUGCAAUAAUAAGUGUAACACUGGGCUCGUUUCAAUUCGGUUAUCAUAUUGGUUGCGUUAAUGCUCCUGGCGCGAUUAUUACUGAUUGGAUCAUAACAUCGCACAAGGAACUAUUCAAUGUUACACUUGACAAGCCUACAGCAGACUUUACCUGGAGUAGUAUCGUGGCAGUUUUCGGAGUGGGUGGAGCGAUUGGCGGGUUGUUGUCAGGAUUUCUGGCUGACAGAUAUGGACGUCGUGGUGGCCUUCUAUAUACGAACGCCUUAGCGUUUUUGGCAGCUGUUCUGAUGGGCGGCACGAAGAUAAUCGGGAUCUACUGGACGUUGUUGCUUGGACGACUAUUCAUCGGAAUCUACGCCGGCUUGACCGUGAUUAUUCCAAUGUAUCUAACAGAAGUGCCACCAACAAAUCUUCGUGGCAUGAUCGCAUCACUUCAUCAGCUGCUUAUCACAAUAGGAAUUCUUGUUUCACAAAUAUUUGGCUUGCCGUAUAUUUUUGGUACACAGGAGAGAUGGCCUCUUAUUUUUGGAUUCACUGCAAUACCCGCUUUGUUGCAAGUGAUGACUCUGCCGACUAUUCCUGAAUCACCGAAAUUCACACUUUGUGUUAAAGUGGAUAUGAUGCGUGAAGAAGCGAACGCUGCAAAAGGCGCUUCAACUGAAGAAGAGCGGCUAUCACUUGCCGACAUGUUUCGUGGUAAUCUAAGAUGGCCAAUGACAAUCGCUAUGUUACUUAUGGUGUGCCAGCAGCUAUCAGGCAUCAAUGCAGUAAUGUUCUACUCAACGGUGAUCUUUAAACAAGCAGGACUAGGUGAACAAGGUGCUGUCUACGCUACAAUCGGUGUAGGAUUUGUUAAUGUACUGAUGACAAUCAUAUCCGUAUGGCUGGUUGAUCAUCCGAGUGCUGGACGCCGUACCCUACUUCUUUGGGGUAUGGCUGGUAUGUGGAUAUCGACAUUGCUAUUGGUAGUGUGUAUUUCGAUGAGUAUGAAAGGAGCUCUAUGGGCCAGUUAUGGUGCUAUUGUGUUCAUCAUGUUGUUCGUAAUCUCGUUCGCAGCAGGAGCAGGAUCGAUUCCAUGGUUUUUCGUAUCCGAAAUCUUCUUCUCUAAUGCGCGUGCUAAUGCGAAUUCAAUCGCAACCCUAACUAACUGGCUAUCAAACGUUGUAGUCGGACUGACGUUCCUUCCAAUCAAUAACAUCAUUCAUCAGUACUCAUUCCUUGUGUUCACUGUGUUGCUUACUUUAUUUAUUGUGUUCAUAUUUAAAUAUAUUCCUGAGACAAAAGGCAAAACAACGGAGCAGAUCACCGCCGAGCUUCUUAAGUGA